AGCAUCCUCCCUACAGGAAAAAGAGGAGGCGCAGGAUCCCCUUCACCGCAGAAGAGCUAUGGCGGAACCACUCCUCUUCAGAGUAGCUAAACUUGUGGAUGAUUUCCCAGAGGCUGCAGAAUUAUGGGGCGCUGGCGACACCGAUCUGGAGGAUACCUUUUCCUAUCUCCAAAGUAUAGUGCCCGAUGCGGAAAAGCGGGUCCUCAGCGACGAGAGCGACAAGAACAUCAAACAUUGGCUGGAGGAUCUCAAAGAUGCUUUCUAUGAGGCGGAGGACUUACUCGAAGAAUGGCCGAGCAAAGAUGAGAAGUUGAAGCAGGUAAUUCCCUCCUCUUCGCCUUCUGCAAAACCUGAUUUAAGGCUGGAGAUGAGCACCCGUGCGAAGAAAAUCAGGAAGAGAAUAGAAGCCAUCGCUGCCGAAGGGACGGAUUUGGGUUUGCGAGAGUGCGCGGUGGUUGUGCGUGUAGAGAGAAGAGAGCGGUUGGACGCCUUUGUGUGCGAUGAGGAGAUUAUAGGGAGAGAAGAUGCUAAAAGCGUAAUUUUGAAGUUCUUGCUAGAUUCUAAAACUGAUUAUCAAAUUCCCGCCCUUUCAAUAUGGGGUGACGAUGGGGUUGGAAAGACUGCUCUCGCUCGAUGUCUAUACGAAGAUGACAUGGUCAAGAAGCAUUUUGAUUUAAGGAUUUGGGUUAACGGCUUCGGUAAUCUCGAAGGGGAAUUGCGAAAGAUCAGAGGAAGAGAGACAACAGGGAGAGAAGAUGAUGUGUUCCGGUUGCAAAGAUAUCUCCUAGUUAUUGACGAUCUGUGGGUUGAGGAUCCUGAACAAUGGGGGAGCUUGAAAAGUUUAUUGAUGGGAGGUGCCCGAGGAAGCAAGAUUCUGAUAACUACACGCGAUCGGUCAGUUGCAGUCUGUACGAUUACAUCCCCAUCUUAUCGUCUCGCGGGCCUUCCAAUAAAGUCGUCUUUUGAUUUAUUGAUGAGAAUGGCUUGCCUGGAAGAAAAAGAGACUGGAAAUUCAACUAAGGUAGUUAUCGGGAGGAAGAUAGUCCAAAAGUGUCAUGGAAUCCCUUUGGCAAUACGAAUGAUUGGAAGUCUAUUAUUCUGCAAGAAAACUGAAAAGGAGUGGUUACAUUUGUUGCCCGAGACCUCAGAAUUUUCUAAAAAUUUACCUCGGCUUAGUUAUAUUCAUCUCCCAUGCCAUCUAAAACAGUGCUUUGCCUUCUGUUCAUUGUUUCCCAGAGACUGGGUGAUUGAUAAACAAUUGUUGAUGAGUCUCUGGAUAGCAGAAGGAUUUAUCCAGCCCAUAGACAAUGGAGAUUGGGACAUGGAAGAUAUUGCUCAUGACUAUUUCAUGGAUCUACUCAGGAAGAAUUUCUUUCAAGACUGCGUUAAAGAUGAACUCGGAAAUGUGACGUCUUGUAGGAUGCAUCAUUUAGUACAUGACCUAGCACGCCAUGUUGCUGGAACUGAGUAUGGAAGAAUUUAUCAUUCAUGGCCAUACCUUGAAGAAAGAGCUCAUCAUAUAUCAUGGGAUUCAACUUUAGAUUUCUCACAGGGAGAUACAUAUUUGCACAGAGCAUAUCGUCUGAGGACAUUCAUCAAAACUAGUCAAAGAAAAAGCUUGAGGCGUGAAACACAAAUGGGUGAAAAAACUCUUCACAAAUUAAUUUCUAGUUUCAAGUUCUUACGUGCCUUGGAUUUGCAUGACAGCGGUAUUGAGAAGCUGCCGAGUUCUAUUUGUGAGUUGAAGCACCUGACAUUUCUAGAUCUCUCUGAAAAUGAAGGAAUCAUAAGGCUUCCUGAUUCUGUGACAAGAUUGGAAACCUUGCAAGUACUUAAACUCAAUAUGUGUUACAAGCUAAUAGAAUUGCCUGAAGAUUUUAGAAAUUUGGUCAACCUACGGCAACUUGAGAUAAGCAAUUGUAGUGCCCUAUCUCAUAUGCCACAAGGGUUGGGCCAGUUGACUCUUUUGCACACUCUAACAGAUUUCCUUCUGCCCAGGAAUGAUUCUUGUCCACAGAAUCACAGUGGGCUUGGGGAGUUAAACAAGUUAAGCAAUUUGAGGGGAAGCCUCAGAAUUGAAGUGAAGGGGGGAAUAGAAGAUGUGGUAGCAGAAUCAAAUGCUGCAAACUUGAAGGAGAAGGAUUCCUUAGUUUCACUAGUGUUAGUGUUUGCCAGAAAAGAAAGUGAUGAAGUUUUACUUAAGGAGAUGCAGCCAAGCUUAAAUCUUCGAAGCUUAGAAAUAAGAGGCUAUGGGGGCACAAGGUUUCCAAGCUGGAUGUCUUGCAUGCCCAAAUUAGUUCGGCUACGUUUGUUUGAUUGUACAGCAUGCAAAAGUCUCCCAUUACUUGGUGAGCUCACUAGCCUCAAGCAUUUGGAGAUUGGUGCGCUACCUACGGUGGAGUACACAGAAAGUGAUAUUGAUACUCUCUUAUCGCUUCCUAAUCUGUCUACAUUAAUGAUACAGAGGUGUCCUAAUUUGGAUUGGAUUCCACCACUUGUAUGUCCCAAGGAGUUGAAACCUCCUACUUUCCCUUUGGAGUCGUUGCAGACCUCAUUUGCCACAAUUGAACAGGUAACUGGUAUUGAUGAUCGAGUGAAGGAGGUAAUCAAAUUAUUGGCAAUAGAAGAUGAUGGAAAUAAACCACGCAUAGUUGGAAUCCAUGGAACUAACGGAAUUGGCAAGACAACUAUUGCGAAGGCCGUAUACAACCGACUCUCCUCAUGUUUCGAUAGUUGUAGCUUUCUUGCAGAGAUUGGUGAAAAAGUGCAAAAUAAUGGCGGUAUCCAGUUUGUGCAAACUAAGUUGAUAUGUGAUAUUCUUGAUCGAGAUUGCAAUGUUGCUUCUUUUGAAGGAGGAAUCAAGUUUUUCUUGGAUGUAUUCAGCAACAUAAAAGCUCUUAUUGUCCUAGAUGAUGUGGAAGAACUGUCUCAUCUUUAUGAUCUAGUUGGUACCCAACUUGAGUGGUUUGGUCGUGGAAGUCGGAUAAUUGUUACAUCAGAAAAUCUUGGAAUUCUCGAAACAUUUGUGCCAGAAAGGGCUAAUAUCUAUGAGGUGAAUAAGAUGGAUAAUGGUCGAGCUCUUGAACUUUUUUACAAGCAUGCUUCAAUACCUUGGUAUCCUGAAAUUGGGAAGCACAUUGUCAAAGCCACAGGGCAGGUGCCAUUUCUUAUUGAAGUUAUUGGUUCACUUCUACAUGGAAAAACAAUAGAAGAUUGGAGGAAGAUGGAGGACAUGAUAAAACCACACUCUCAAGAGAUUUUGAAGGAUUGUAGGGAGAUUUUGAAAAUCUGUUAUGAAGCAUUAGAUGAAAAGCAGAAACAAAUAUUUCAGGACAUAGCAUGGUUUGCCAAUGGCAUGGACAGCCAAAUUGCAUCAUACAUGUGGCCUGAUUUAGAUCUUUUGCCUUCUUACCAAGUUCUGAUGCCCCUAGCAAAAAUUGGAGAAGACAACAAGCUGUGGAUGCAUAAACUGUUAAAGCACCUCUGCAGAGCUGUAGAUCAAGGAGAACCUAUAUAUCAUGUAAAGCGCAGAAGACUAUACAUCAAUGAUCCAGACCCAAAAGUUAUCAACAAAGAAGAGGGAAUGGAAGUGGCGGAAGCCCUUUGCCCCGAUACAUGUACGGAAACUUUGCCAAACGUAAGGUUCUUGGAAUUGGAUCAUGCAAGUAUGAGUGGAAAUUUUGCAGAUGUAUUUCCAAAGUUAAGGUGGCUUCGUUGGCGAGGGUGCCCGAGGGAUUUCGAAGCAACAGGACUUAAUCUGACUGAACUGGUCAUUCUUGAUCUUUCAUGGAGCAAAGUCACUAAAGACUGGGGAGGUUGGAGGAAAAUCAAGAUGGAGCAAUUGAAAGUCUUAAAUCUCACUAGUUGCACUGACUUAUUGAUAAGUCCUGAAUUUUCUAGCUUUCCAAACUUGGAGAUACUUAUUCUAGAGCGAUGCUCUCGGUUGGUCCAUUUAGAUCCUUCGAUUGGGGGUCUCGAAAAAUUGCUUUGCCUAAAUUUGAAGUCCUGCACUGAUCUCAACAGGUUGCCUGCCGAACUGGGUGCUUUGAAAGCUUUGAAAGAGCUCCUCAUUGAUGAGACUUCUGUGCGUGAUAUUUCUUUGCGAAGUGAUUCAGAAGAAGUUGAACACCUAACAUCACUUUCAAAACUCUCAGCAAAUAAUUCAAAUAUUACCGAACUCCCCAAUGGAGUUGGAGAGAAACUCAGACGCUUGUCAUUGAGGAAUUGUGAUUGGAUACAAAAACUGCCAAAGUCCAUUGGCCAAUUGGGAAGCCCUUUAGAGGAGCUGGAUAUUUCAGGAACAGGCAUUUCUGAAUUGCCAGGUUCCUUUGGUAAUCUGCAGAGGUUGAGAGUGUUAAAGAUGCACUAUUGCUUCAUAAGAAAAUUUCCUAGUUUUAUUUGGCAUUUACAUAGCCUUGAAGAAAUAGAUGCCUCCUCGUGUAGGAAUAUAGAAGGGGACAUUCCUAGAGAUAUUGGGAAGCUAGAAAAUCUGAGAAUCUUGAGGUUGCGAAAUUCUGCUAUUUCCAGCUUACCUCCUGAAAUCAAGCAUCUUUCGAAGCUGGAGACUCUUGAUGUACUUUGCUGCGACAAGCUUCAUGAGUUGCCAGCACUUCCCCCUAGUUUGAUCGUUGUGCAUUUGAGUCCAAAAUUGAAGGAAAAGGUGUCUGACCUGUUGAGGAAGAAGCAUUGUUUCAUCACUGUAUAACUUGGAUGACAAGGUUAUUGAAACCGGUCUUUGUUCUACUUAGCUUUGGCUAUGCUCUGUCAGUUAUCCGGAUAAUUGUUAUUGUAUCUGCUGAUAUUUCCUUUCAAUGUGUCUAAGCUUCCUCUGA